ACGUCAGGAGUGGUGGCAGGCGGGGGCCUCCUAUAGCCCUCAGGACGUUUUAUCUGUGGGCCCUCCAAUCGCGUCAUAAGUCGGCGACUGAGCCUUGGCGGUGGUGGCCGAGGCGGCGAAGGCGGCAGCGGCGGCGACAGCUCUGGGGUUUGCUUCUCGGGGUGUGUCGGCCGCCGCUGCUGCUUGGGCCUGGUAUGUACAAAUGGCUGGUUAGGAUUCUCGGCACCAUUUUCCGUUUCUGUGACCGGCCGGUGCCCCCUGCCCGGGCCCUCCUGAAGAGGCGGCGCUCGAACAGCACUUCGUUUUCUACAGUGGACACUGAUGAAAUACCAGCCAAAAGACCAAGAUUAGAUUAUUUCAUUCACCAAGUGAAAACCAGUCUCUACAAUGCUGCCAGCUUAUUUGGAUUCCCAUUCCAGCUGACCACAAAGCCCAUGGUAACUUCUGCUUGUAAUGGAACACGGAAUGUGGCCCCUUCAGGAGAGGUAUUUUCGAAUUCUUCAUCUUGUGAACUGACAGGUUCUGGAUCCUGGAACAACAUGCUGAAACUGGGUAAUAAAUCUCCUAAUGGAAUAAGUGACUAUCCAAAGAUCAGAGUGACAGUAACCCGAGAUCAGCCUCGCAGAGUCCUGCCUUCCUUUGGUUUUACUUUGAACUCAGAAGGGUAUAGUAGAAGACCCGGUGGCCGUCGCCACAGCAAAGGCCCUUCAGAAAGUUCUUUAACCUGGAAGCCUCAGGAACAGGUUGUAACAGAGAUGAUUUCUGAAGAGGGUGGCAAGGGUCUGAGGCGUCCCCACUGUACUGUGGAGGAGGGUGUUCAGAAAGAGGAAAGGGAGAAAUACCGAAGGUUAUUGGAGCGACUUAAAGAAGGUGGUCAUGGAAACUCUGUUCCUUCUGUAACUUCAACUUAUCACAGCUCUCAAAGAAGUCACAUGGACACAUUAAAGACCAAAGGCUGGGGGGAAGAGCAAAGUCACGGAGUCAAAACAACUCAGUUUGUUCCAAAACAAUAUAGAGUUGUUGAAACAAGGGGACCUCUAUGCUCAGUGAGAAGUGAGAAGAGGUGUUGUUCAAAGGGGAAAAUUUCUGAUACAGAGAGGACAGUUGGACUCAGACUUGAAAAUGAAGGUAGGAGGGGACACCAACUGGAACCUGACCUAUCCGAAGAGGUGUCAGCCCGACUCCGCCUGGGCAAUGGGAGCAAUGGCUUACUCAGGAGGAAAAUGUCAAUACUUGAGACAAAAGAAAAACAUUGCUCGGGCAAAGAGAGGGAUAAAAGGAUGGAUGAUCUUCUUGAACUUACAGAGGACAUGGAAAAGGAGAUCAGUAAUGCCCUAGGUCAUGGCCCACAGGAUGAGAUCCUAAGUAGCGCUUUCAAGUUGCGAAUCACUCGAGGAGAUAUACAGACCUUGAAGAACUAUCAUUGGCUCAAUGAUGAAGUCAUUAAUUUUUACAUGAAUCUUCUGGUGGAAAGAAACAAAAAACAAGGGUAUCCAGCACUUCAUGCAUUCAGUACUUUUUUCUAUCCCAAAUUAAAGUCUGGUGGUUACCAAGCAGUGAAAAGAUGGACCAAAGGGGUCAAUCUCUUUGAACAGGAACUUAUUCUGGUGCCUAUUCAUCGGAAGGUACAUUGGAGCCUGGUGGUGAUAGACCUACGAAAAAGGUGUCUCAAAUAUCUGGAUUCUAUGGGACAAAAGGGCCACAGGAUCUGUGAGAUUCUCCUUCAGUAUUUACAGGAUGAAAGUAAGACCAAAAGAAAUAUUGAUCUAAAUCUUUUAGAGUGGACCCACUACAGCAUGAAGCCACAUGAGAUUCCUCAACAGUUAAAUGGGAGUGAUUGUGGAAUGUUUACUUGUAAAUAUGCAGAUUAUAUCUCUAGGGACAAACCUAUCACAUUUACUCAGCACCAGAUGCCUCUCUUCCGGAAGAAGAUGGUGUGGGAAAUCCUUCAUCAGCAGUUGCUGUGAGAAUGCCCCGCCCGGUCCCUCUAGCUGCUGGUGGUUCUUUCACGGAGGACGGAUGUUUCCAUAUACCUCAUGCAUCGUGGGUUCAACAGUCCCCGCAUCGCCCCUGCUGGCUCACAGGUACUGGGCUGUAGGACGCGCACGCAGGCCUCUCCCUGCACCCUGGGCCCGACUUGGUGCGUGCACCCUGUGUGUGAGCCUGUGCCUGCUCAGAGCCCUGGACUAUUCAACCCACACAAGAACAAACGCUAAUUAAUACUUUUUUUUUUAAGAUUUUUUUUUUCCCUAUGAAUGUGGGAAAUGCAGGAUUUAUUCUAUGAUUUGUUUUUUGUGUGUUUGUUCAUGUGUGUUCAUUCGCUCACUCAUUUACAAACAUAAUGGCAGUGGCUGUUUGCUGCUGCUCCACAGUUAACUCUGAAUUACCUGUUUGAACUAUUUAUUUUUGAAAGGAAUGUUAAUCAAGCUCCACUCCCAGCUGAAGAUCAGGAGGGGAAUCAGUGGGGGGAGGAAGGAAGUGUUAAUUAACUUCCCGAAGGCUGGAGCAGAAACUGCCAACUUGAAGCUGGAGCUCUCGUUCUUGAGGCUUGGAAGUGCCAGAGAGGAGAAACCUUCUCCUUGGGUAGGGCUCUCAUUGCCUUUCAGAGGACGUCUGACACUACGGCCUUGGCCUGGGGGCGUGGAAAAGUGGAACGGUGGCCUAGGAACUCUGGCGAUCCAGGAGUCUUCAGAAGAGUGGUGGUCAUCCUAAAGAGACUGCUCUUUCUGGGAAUGAGCUGACUUGGCUACUCUUGAAACUGGAUUUGAAGUAACUAUAAACCCUAAAGCUUAAUUUUCAUCCCAGAUCUGGUUGAGUAUAAACCUCAGAAUUGUAAGGGCUGGCCUGGGCUGUUUAUUUCAAGAGAUACUAUUCAAUGUAAAAGCUAUUUUUCCUCAAAGUUUGUUUUUUUUUCUAUAUAUAUAAAGCCGAAAUUAAGUUUUGUACUCAUUAGGAUUUACAUCCCCCCCCAUUCCACCCCCACGGAAAUUUGGAAGAAAAUUUAGUACUUGGCUGUGAGGCUGCCAGUUAUACAAUAAUCUAUUUUGCAUAUGAGAGUUUGUAUUUAACUUUUUUGUUCAUUAAAAACUUUACAGUGGUUACGCAUUUUUAAUUUCAGAAAGUUUAGAGUUGGUCAGAACAUAUUUUGCAAGAUCUAGUGCCUAGUGUUGCUUUUUCCGAUGUAAUAAAGGUUGUCUGGCAGAACCUGAAAAGGGUAUGCUGAGAUGAUUUCUAACCCUUCCCUUACUUAAACCUCCCACACUUGCCCUGGUGCACAAAAGCAAGCGGGUGUAAAACCGGGAAUAUUGGCCACGUGUUCGCGAAUCCGCGUGUCUGUCAUCCGGAGGGCGCGGCCGCUGGUGGCGGAGGCAGGGUCCGGUUUCCCUUGAGGGGAAGUCUUGGUAUGGGACCUGGGGCUGCACUGAACUUGAUGUGCCUACUUGACAGGGACACCAGAGGCCGUGUGCUCGAUGGUGAUGAAAAGAGUGAGCUGCUCGUGCCUCAAGCUUAGGCUGCACAGAGCCCUUUCCUGAGGCUGCUGGAGCUGUACCGGUGAGUCUUGGGAUCAGGCGGCUGACACAGCCAAAAAGCCGAGAGAUUGACUGGGUCAGCCUUAUACUAAAAACCUGGUGCCCGCUCGGCUGUCUUAGGUUUCACCUGAGAAUUGAGCACUUUUGUUAAGAUCCGUUCUGUGUUGGGUACAUCCUGUGAGGAGUGGCGGUUUGUAUUCUGUCCCGGUGAGUGACGCAGUCGUGUUACACGAGUAUCCCAGGGGCUUCUUCAAGCAGCUUUCACUGAGCUUUCCACUGAUGUGUACUCUUCAGGAUGGCUCUUAAUAAUCUCCCAGGACAUCAUGAGAUCAGUAAGAGCGGAGCGUUAAGCUAGAGAAUAGCAUUCUAGUUUACCCUGAGUUCCUGGAUUUAAUAGGAGAUCCCACAGGCCGUGCUUCUCUAGGCACUGACCUGUCUCUCUUGGUGCAGAGAAACUUGUUGGUAAUAGAAUUUUUAUAUCUAGACAGCUUAUGAGAAAAGCAGUCAGGUGAUAAAAUCAACAGCUGAUCUUAGCGGUAGCAAAUAACAUAAAGCCAGAGAGAUGUAUAUUUUUUUUAACUGCAGUAGUUGGGGGAUCUGAAAAAAAGGUAGAGUGGACCACCGUUCGUUUUUAGUAGGCAGUCUCUCCUAAAGAUUCGUAAAGAUGGGAAAAACACACACAAAAACCAUUGGUAAGCGUCUUUCAUGUUUGAGCUUAUACCAGAGCUGGGAUGUGGUGGGAGGGACACGGAGCUGGGGCAUUUGGAAGAUGUUCUGGAGACCCCCAUAGUCUACCUCAGUUGCCUAAGACUGUCAGAAUUUCUGAUCCUUUCCUCUCCUGAAAUCCUAAGCACAACUUGGGGAGUGCACGUCGAGUGGUGGAUGUUUGCUGCACUGUAAGGAGUUGCUGGGACCGUGGUGUGGGUGUAAGAGAAUGUGUCCUUAGAGAUCUAUUGAACCUCAGAUACAAAUAAAUAAGAUCAAUUUAAGUCUGUGAUAACCUUAGUACUAUAGUUAAGCUACAUAGUUUAAAUUGGCUUUUGUGAACUAAUUGGAAACCUGAUCUCUAGUUACUUUGAGGAAAAACUCUAAGCACCUAAUAUUCAAACACACUUUUGGUACUUGUUUGUAAGUCUGGGAUCUAGCUGGCUAUACUGCUUUGAUAACUUCUUUUUCUUUUAAUUCACCUAACAUAUACAAGGAAAUGUUUGGGUGUAUUGAAAUAGGUAUUGAUUUUAUCUAUUUACCAAUAGAUGAAUAAGUAUUUUAUCAAAUCAAUAGGUGUUGAUUUUAACUUAUUUACCAAUAAAUUCAUGUCUUUAAUUCAGUGGCUUUCAAUUUUUUUUAAGGCAAAAAAUUUUUUGGCAUUUUUUAUUGUGACCAGUACACACACACGUGUGUGUGUGUGUGUGUGUGUGUAUUUAUUUAUUUAUGUGAUUAUAUAUAUAUAUUUAUGUGAUUUUAUAUAUAUAUAUAUUUUAUGUGAUUAUAUGUGGACACAAAAGUUUCACAAAAACAUUACCCUUACUAAACUCUUGAGUUUUAUUUCAGUUUUUAAAAAAGUGUAGUUUGUGACCACCAAGCUGAUUUCUCAACACCUGGUAGAAAUCCAGUUUAAAAAACAUGGCUCUAAAUCACCUGACGGCAGGAUGCAAAUUAUAUUUAAAACUAUAAAGCUUGAGACCACAAAAAUAUGAUAAGUUUGGAACUAUUUUGAGAUGAAUCAAUCUAAGUCUAGGAAAAAUGGGCCAGAAGCUUUUAGAUUCUCAAUGUAAGUAUGUAAAUAGUCCUUUUUCUUCAGGUUUGUACGUUGGCAUUUCCUAAAAUAUGUUAAAUACAAGUCCUAUUACUACUAUGUAGGAUGUAAAAGAAGAGGUUCUGUGGCCCAAAGAAUGUGUGUGACCCAUGUCUUUUCCUCCUGGAAUGCCUAGCAAACAACAGAUUAAUGUCUUAACCUCACAUUUCUGAAAACUUGGACUUUGAACCCUUCUUUGUGUGACACCUGUGGAACUGUUCUAUGGAACACAUUUUGGAAAGUGCUAGGAGAAGUAAUACAAAGUUCUUAGAACUUUCAACAAUACAUUGGCAAGGGAAGCACUGUCUCCCCCACCCCCCACUGCCUCUUUAGGGCAUAUGGUGAUCAUAAAGUCUGUAGCCACACUUUUAUUUUUCUUUAAUUGUAUCAGUAAUAGGUGUUCAUAGAAAAAUGAAGUGCUGAUAAAAGGUAAAGAAUAAGAAUUCUGCAAACUCACCAUUCAGAGUUAAUAACUGAAUAUUAACAUUUGGGUAUAUAUCCUGGCCUUUGGUAUAUUUCCCCUUCUGAUAUGUGUAAAUAAGGGUGUGAGUUGUACAUGUUCACACGUAUAUUUUAUUAACAAAUAAUGGAAUCAUACUCUAUAUGGCUAUAUAACCCCUUUUCUACUUAAUUUAUCUUGAACAUAUUUUCAGGUCAAUAAAUAUUGACAUCAUUUAGUUGCUGCAUAGUGUUCUAGAAUAUGGCUAUAACAUAAUUUACUUUAUCCAGUAUUGUUGCACCAUCUGGCACCAUGUGUGGGUUAUUCUCUUAGGAGAAAUUCCUAAUUAAAAUUUUGGAGUUAAGGUUAGGAGUAUUUUAAAAAGGCACCUGUUGGUGUUUUGACUUAUUUCUGCUUGCACAAGAUGAUGAUCUGUGUCUCCACUGAUUUUUUUUUUUUUUUUUUUUUAGUUUAUUUUGAAAGCGCGAGCAGGGCAGGGGCGGAGAGAGAGGGAGAGAGAGAAUUGCAAGCAGGCUUCACAUUGUCAGCACAGAGCCCAAAAUAGGGCUCGAUCCCACAAACCAUGAGAUCAUGACCUGAGCUGAAAUCAAGAAUCAAAGGCUUAACGGACUGAGUCACCCAGUUGCCCCUCCACUCAUUUAAGUCUUGUAAUAUUUUUCAUGUGUAGAUCUUCUGGAUAAGUUCAUUCUGAGACAUUUACUGUCUAAUUUUAGUGGACAAUUUUACGUUUUUUCCAACUACUUUACAAAAAACUUUUUACUACCGGAAUCCUAAGACCUACACAGUCAUCACCCCUUUUUCAGCAAUUACUAAAAUAUGACUAAUCUUGAUUUACUUUUUCAUAGGGGAGGGAAGAGUCUGGAGUAUUUUAAAGCAAAACCCUAACAUCUCAUUGUACCUAACCACUUAAGGAUGUCUCCCUAAUAAUUAAAAAAAAAUAAAAACAAAAAACUGUGUCAUUUUCACAUCUAACAAAAUAAGGAUUUGCUAAUAUCAUCUAAUACUCAGUUCAUAUUCAAAUUUUCCUGAUCCUUUAACAAAUGUUUUAUUAUGUUCUUCUAAUGAGGAUAUACAGUGGGCUGAAUGGUGUUCCCCCAAAUGAUAGGCCCAUAUCCUAAUCCUUGGAACCUGUGAAUAUUACCUUCUGUGGCAAAAGAUGACUAAGUUAAAGGACUUGAGAAAAGGAAUUUAUCUUGGAUUAUCUGGGUGGGUCCUAAGUGCAAUCAGAGGGUUUAUAAGAGAUUGAGUUUUUUGUUUUUUGAUUUUUGAAUGUUUAUUUUUGAGAGAGAGAACACAAGCAGGGGAGGGGCAGAGAGAGGGAGACACAGAAUCUGAAGCAGGCUCCAGGCUCCGAGCUGUCAGCAAAGAGCCUGACGCGGGGCUCGAACUCACAAGAGAUCAUGACCUGAGCCAAAGUCAGAUGCUUAACCAAUUAAACUACCCAGGCACCCCAAGAGACUGCGUUUUGAGACAGAAGAAGAGGUAUUAAGAUGGGCCUAGGCAGUGUUUAUAUUUUAUGCCCACUUUUGUGGGAACAAAUUGUUUACACAUCUCUAAAACAAAAUCUGGAAAAAGAUACCAAGUGUUAAUAAUGGUGGUCUGGAUAGGCUGUUAGUUUUACUUUGUAAACCUGUUUUUGGAGCUUAAGGGAAAAAAAAAAAGGCAAUAAGACUACAGAAGCCUCUAGAGACUGAGGUGAUGCUACCACAAGCCAAGGAAGCCUGGAGCCACCAAAGCUGGAAGAGCUUUCCACAGAACAAUGCCCUGCUGACACCUACCUUUUGGACUUCUGGCCCCAGAACUGUGAGAGAAUAGAUUUGUGGUACUUACAGUGGUAUCAGAAAUCUAAUGAAGGUUCCAGAUAAGAUGUAUACAUUGUCUUUGAUUAUGAUAGCUCUUGAGACUCUUAUUCAACAAUAUUCUCCCUCCUUGUACUAUUAUUUAUUAGAGAAACUGGGUUUUCCUGUGGAAGAUCCCACAUUCCAGAUUUGGCUUCUAGCUCCUUGGUGGUGUUUAACAAUUUCCUCCAAGCACUUGUAUUUCAUAUAAACUGGUUAAGUUUAAUCUAGAGGCCUGAUUGGAUUCAGGUUGAAUUGGAUAAGGACACUUCAUUAGUGUCCUGUUGUACUGAAUCUUGUGGCACAAAAUGUCUGGUGCUUAGUGGUGCUAAGAUUGUGAGCUGUGAGGUCAGGCUGUAAGGGUUCCUAUCUGUCUUUCUCGUCUUGGUUUUAAAUUUAAUUGACGACCCAUUAUUUCUUGAAGAGGCCCAAAAUGGUACUUUUCAAAUUCUAUCAUUGCCUCUGUGUUCACCGAAUUCUUGAAUUCUUCUGUAAAAGAAACUUAUUAACUAUUUGGUUACCCUGAGAUGCAUCUCAUACAGGAAAGAAUGUAUGUUUUGACUCAUUACUACUCUUUGAUGUUCAAAUUGCCUUAUUUUAGGUUUCCGUGUCCUUGUGACAGAGUCCCACAAGCCUGAUUGUGAUGGCUUUUUUGCUUAACUGGUAUGAUAAAGGCUCAUCUUACACAUCUCCUGCUCCAGACCUGGAAUUGGCCAUUUAUUGAAGGAUUUCUUUUAGUGAGAAAUGUUAGAGACCAGAAUUUGGGCACUAUUAAUGCUGAUUACUACUGGGUUAACUUGUGUCUCUAGGCCUUUACUUUUUCUUCAAAGGGAAAAAAUGUUCUACUGAUUUCCAAUUCCAAGGUAAGAGUAUCAGAUUUUUCUUGAUUUUAUAUUGUAAUCUUGAAAAUCUUGGUUGCUAACAACAUCAACCAUAAUUGUUUUACCCCGUGGUAUACUUAAAUAAUUUCAAAAUAUCAAUACCAGCAUAACAACUAACUAGAUCACUAAAUACAGCUUAAGAUUUCUUUGCAAUUCUUUUAUUUUUAGGCCAUGUCUCACUAGAGAUUCACGGUGAAAAUACCCUCUUAAAAUCACUUACUUUUUUCUUCCAGUAAUUAUGCCAUCAACUUGAUACACAGUUGGAUUAAUUCGUUCUUGGUGUUGAGAGAUUGCUUUUUGCUUUGUUUUUUAAUUAUGUAAAACAAACAUUAGUCCAAGAGCAAAACUUUGUAAGAUACAUUCACAGUUUACUUGCUUCACCCCGUUCACUUUCCUUGUCGAGAUAACUCGUAAGCUUUCUUUUCUUUAAGUAGGCCUCAUGCCCAGCACAGAGCCCAACAUGGGGCUUGAACUCAUGACCCUGAGAUCAAGAUCUGAGCUGAGAUCAAGAGUCAGAUGCUUAAUUGACUGAGCCACCCAGGUGCCUUUAGAUAACCUGUCAUCUCUUAAUCUUCGUUUUUUUGAAAAUAUAGCUAGACAUAUAUGCAUUCAUAAUUCUUUUUUACACUAGGAAAAAUACCAUGUUAAAAAUACUUAUGCUUGGGGUGGUUAAGCGUCCAGUUCUUGAUUUUGGCUCACAGUUCCCAUGAGUUUGAGCCCCACAGCAGGCUCUGCGCUGACAGCACGGAUCCUGCUUGGGAUUCUCUCUCCCCCACCUCUCUCUGCCCUUCCCCUGCUAGCACGGUCUCUCACUCUCUCUCAAAACCAAUAAAACAUUAAAAAAAAAAAAACCACAUGCUUGAUUUUUCAAAAAACUUCAAUUUAUUUUACAAACUAAGUUACCCCUCAUUCUUUUUUUAUAGCUUCAUAAUAAUCCAUUGUUUCAGGAGGCUGUGCCUCAUUACCAGUCCCCUCAUGAUGGAUGUUUAGGCUAUCAAUCUUUUUUUGGUACAAAUAAUGCUGCAAUGCAGGUGCCUUGCUCAUGUCAUUUUCUGUUUUCGCUGACCUCUCUUUGGGAUAGAUUCCUAGAAGUGGAAUUGCUGGGUCAAAUACCUAGCAUAUGUAAUUCACCAAAUUUCCCUUCUCAGGGAUAGGUAGCAUCGUGUGUGUCACCUCAUAGUCUUAUCUACAAAGCCUCAAAUAUUUACUAUUUACAGAAAAGGGUUGCCAACCCCCUUAUUGCAAUCCUUAAGGUCUGGCCAGCCAGCAGAGAGCCCAUGGGGGGAGGUCGUGGAGGUAGUUUUCAAUGGGCCAGGGUAGCAGUGGCCCGGAUCUCGUGCUCAGUCAUGUGUCCACACGGUCUGCCAGGGAAGGGCGACUAGGAGACAGUGGGGUUGGGUGCCUACGAAGAGGAAACCAUGGAUUUUGGUUCUGCAGCCAGCACCCUGUCACAAUUAUCAAUUUUGUCCUGUUUAUGACACUUUGACUCCCCCCCCCCCCCACACCCUUUCCCCAUAUAUAUAUUUCAUACAUUUUUGGUCUUUGUUAAUGUAAGUUUUAGGAUUUUAUUAUUACUGUAUUUUGCUGCCUCUUCAAGGGUAAUGUUGAUACUGAAAUUGUUUUAAACUUAGUUAUAAUUGUAGAUUUGCAACAAUUUAAGCAUUUCUAGUUUAAUUGGUUUCGAUGCCUUUAGUCUUUUUUAAACAUGGGUUUUAUUUGGCUUUAGUUGGAAACCUUUUCACAUAUUUUUAAAGACAUAGGAAUAUUAUCUGAGCCCCUGCAAACAGAACUUUUUUGAAGUUUUCACACUUGAAAGAUGACUGGGUAUUCAAAUUCUCGAGUCACGGCCCUUUUUCUUCUCAAAACAUGCUUUCUGGCACUCUGUAGUGGAGCAGAGAGAGCUGAAACUAGCUUGAUUUUUGCUUGUUAUUUUGUUUUGUAAAUCAUUCUUUUGGGGUCUGUAUCCUAUUAGAAUUUUAGUACUAUCCAAAAAUAUAUGCCAGACUCUAUCUAGGUCCAAAUCUCUUUGUCUGGUUGUAUAAAGAUACUGCUUUGUUGCUGUAACAAAGAUCAUAAAAUAGCAGUGGCUUAAAAACCAGUUUUCUCUCUCAGGUACUGAUUUGAGCCUAAGCCCUCCAGUCUGAUGUAGCAGCAUCAUAAUGUCAAGAGCUUUCCUUCACACUUGGCUGCCACUUUGCAUUUUAAGGUGGCCUUUCCUACUCCAUCCCUGCUCUCACCUCCAUAUCUGCAUUCCGCCCCACGGGAAGUGGGAAGUGGUGGGUACAUCCUGGAGAUGGCAGGUAUGCAUUGUUUUUCUAUCUUUUAAGAAAGUGGUUCCAUGAAAACCAGACCAUGGCAUGCAUUGAAGUUUGUACAUAUAAGCUAUACGGAACCACUAUAGUUCUGUAGAGCUUAUAAUUAUUGUCAGUUUCCCUUUGCUUUUUGUUUAGUUGGUUUUGUUUUUGGUGCUCUUUUCAUCAUUUUUGAUAUUUAACCGAUUGAGCCACCCAGGCACCCGAUCAUCUUGUUCGAUAUUUAAGAAGAAACCAUGAGAAGAAACAUUGAUGGCUGGUAACCAGAAGGCUCUUUUUUUUUUUUUUUUUUAAUGUUUAUUUUUGAGAGAGAGAAAGAGAGACAGAGUGUGAUGGGGAAGAGCAGAGAGAGAGAGAGGGAGACACCAAAUCUGAAGCAGGCUCCAGGCUCUGAACUGUCAGCCGAGCCUGAUGUAGAGCUCAAACUCACGGUGAGAUCAUGACCUGGGCCGAAGUUGGAUGCUUGACCGACUCAGGCACCCAGGCUCCCCACCAGAAGCCAUCUUUUACUUGGAAGGACUUUGUUAUGCUUAAACUUUUAAAGUUUAUUUAUUUUGAGAGACGGAGAGAGAGUGUGUGUGUAAGAGGGUGAGGGACAGAGAGCAGGAGAGAGAGAGAGAGAAUCUGAAGCAGGGUCCACACUGGCACCACAGAGCCCAACACAGGCUCAACCCAUGAACCAUAAGAUCAUGACCUCUGAGCUGAAACCAAGAGUUGGAUACUUAACCAACUGAGCCACCCAGGUGCCCCUAAACUUUUAUUUUAUAUAUAAGGAGACAGGUCUCCAAGGUUAUAUCGCUAGAGUACAGGCAAGCAGGGAGAAAAUUUCUGGGCCUGAGCUUUCUCUGAUGAAGCAGUGAGACCCCAGUAAAGGGAGCUAUGGUAGGAGAGUCCCAGUCCCCCCCCUUCAGGACAGCCCUUGGUGACGCUGAGCUCUGCCCUGUCUUCCUCCACAGCCUCUUGCUGUUUCUUGAGCAAGGCCUCCCAUGCCUACCACCAGUUCUGUGGCACUUGAAGGUGGAUGAUGCAGGGGCUGGCUGUAUCUCUCCACAAGAUGGUGUUGAAGAGCUGAGAGAAAGCAAGUCCUAGAGAUGAGACCUGGAGGAGCUGAGAGAAGGGAGGACCAGGCAGUUGUCUGCAGACAGUAGGCAGGUUGUUUUCAGGAAGGCAGAGCAGGCACUGUGUGUGGGUGGUCGCUGGGAGAGAUUUCUGAUUAUGGAAGGAAGAGCUGUGAGGGGCCGAGCAAGGGCAGACCUGCCUGCCGCCCCCUCGCCCAUGGUGCCUUCAGCUAUUAGAGAGAUUUGAGGAUUUUCUAUGACUCAUGUUCUACAUUAGUCAAGAGGACUGAGUGAUCUCUAAGAUCCUUUGCCAUGACUACUGUUCUGUGAAUCCAGGGUUAAAGGAUAGGUUUUACUGACUUCACAGAGGGUGACUGGAAGCAGUUUCGUAACUAUGGGAGAAGCAGGGACAUUCAUGAGUCAUAGAAGUCACUGAAUCUUUCAUAUCGGAAACUGUUGAAAUUACAGAUAAACUGAUAGGGAUCAGACUGUUUAGUUUUUCAUUCAUAGUUUGAUCACUAGAGGUUAUUGGGGACAAAUGAAAUAUAUUCGUCACUUUAUGGUCAGCUGUAUCUGAGAUGAGAGGCAGUGCCCUAAAAUGGAAACAAACCAAGUGCCUGGGGAUGUAUCACUGAAUCACUGCUUUUACAAAAGACUACAGAGGGUACUGAGAUCAAGGUAGAAUAUAAUUUUGUUCUACGAGGUAUCCUGCUCUUGCCUGCUGUUUCUGAGAGAGGAAGAGUUAUUAAGAGCAAUCCCGGCUUCUAGAAAGACAGUGACUCUGUGGCUGAUGGGAGCUAGAAUAGAAAAUUAACCUGCAUAUGGGGAAAGUUUUAAAUUCUGAUUCAGCAGCACCUUAAGGGGAAUGUAGAAAGGAAAUAAAAGGCAGCAGUGACAACUGACUGGGGGAUAUGCUAAUAGUAUUACUAGACGCGUGUGCUUAGCAGGCCAAAGAAACCUCCGGAGCCUUUAAGACAGAGAUCUGAAUGUGCAUACACCAGGCUAGGCUAGUCUCUCAAAAUAUACACUGGGCUUCUUUCAUUAAUUGCUAGCCUGGGCCCACCACUGUUGCCCGCAUCUUUCCCCAGAGGUGUAGGAGUAAGAUGAGGCCCGAUUCUUUUUCAUACUCUUCACGUCCUCAUCCCACCAGUCUGCUGGGUCACUGAGUCGCUCACAUCCUCACUUGGUGCCAGGUUAUUCCCUUAGAAGUCCGUGUUUUCUCCCCUCCUCACCUCUUGUCUUGUCAGGAUGCCUUCCUUCUGUCCUAGGCUAAUCACUUCCUUUGAUUCCUUGUCAAAACCCCUCCAAACUUUUCUCUGGGUUCUUCUUUUCCUGUUUUUAAGCUCCCCCUCCAUGCCGGACCCCUCUGCUAAUUUGCAACCAAUCUCUGUCAUCCUUUUCCAGAGCUCCAUGCUGGAGGAAACAAGAACACCUAGAAGCCUUGUUAGAGGGAAAUGUAACCAGGGCAGAAGGGAUGUUCAAGGCUACUCACCCAGUCUAGGGAGAUGCUAGUACCUUCAAAACCACUAUGGGUCAUGGGUUUUAAAGAGGUUCAAUUCAAGGUAAUGGAGUGGGGGGAGUGCUUUUCGAGUGCAGGCUAAUGAAGAAACCCCUCUGUUAUUGACUAAGUCUCCAUUUAACAACUGUCCUUUAUUUUGCAUAAAAUCAUGCAAUUAGGACUUUCUGGGAUGUCAGGAUGUCUUGUCAAGACAGGAAGGCUGGGAUUCAAAGAAAUGGAUACAAAGUUUGCAACAGUCUGAGCUCACGCCCAUUUGGCGAGCAUUUACUUCAUCAGGGUCCAGUACAUACCCGCAAAGCUGUUAUUUACAGGAAGGUGGGAUAGCAUUUCAUCCAGCACUGGGGUUCUCAGAAAAUGGGUUGUGGGGAGAACGUUUUUGCUUAGGAACCAGGCCAGCUGUCUCCUUCCGGUCUUCUGCCUCUCCAUGUGACCUCCGCUUCAUUUCUGUAACCCCAGGACAACUUCCGGGUGCUUUGUACCGGGGCAGGACAGGCAUCACCUCAGGACUCCUUUCCCUUUCUCUCACGUGUUCAGGGACGAUUGUGCAAACGGGCAGUUUAGGAACUAGAGUUAAAACUCAGAUUGUGCCACCUGCAAUUUUAAAGGCCAAGGAAUGCAACCAGAGAAGUAGAGCUAAGAGUGCAUUUUGGAGGUUCCUGUGUCUUCUCUCACCCUGAUUUCUCAUCUUGAUGGAAUGGUUACCAGGCCCAUGGGCCUAUAUUUAAAGCCCUUUAAACGUGCUGUUUCUCUGUUCAUCUAAGAAAGACUCCUCAACCCAGGGCACAGCUUUCAGAAAUAACCCUGUGGCUUCUCUCGCACUGUCAACCUGUGGUUGAUUUCUCCCUCUGAGAGGGCAAUGGGCUGGAGUCUGAAAUGGAGGAGGAGGGAUGGUGGAGCCACAGGAAUGGACAGUCUGUUCCUGCCUGUAUGCGUGCCAGCCAUAGCAGGGAGGGGAUCAGCUGGCAUCGUUGUGCCAGAAACUUUAAAAAUACAAACAGCAUCACAGAAAUUGGAAUUCUGAGACAGUGGGGAAUGGGGACAGGACAUCAGUGAGGAACAAAUUUUAAGUGAUUCGAGAGCCCUCGAAGUUUGUUGCAAGGGGGACGUGGCUAUUCUGCAGUCCCAUCAGCUCCCCUCCAGCUGUCCUUGCUGUGCCCUGAACAAUCACCCCCAAAAGCCUGACUGACCCCCACUGGCAGUCAAGUUUCACCGCAAUUCCUAAGAUUGCUUGGACUGCUAGCAUCAAUUUCUAGUAGACCCCACAGGUCUAGGAACGAAGGCUCAUAAACGGAGCAGGGCCGUUCCCUCCAACCUUUUCACAACACGUUCAUGUGUCCAGUACAGCGCACCCCCUGCCCUCCGAUCCAACGUUACCCCUGCCUGUCUGAUCUCCUGGAAUACUUACAAUUUAGGCUUCUGGGGAGGGAUGACUACCUCUUCCCUUGAAUUGUCAGCCAUUUUAUGCUCUUGCACUCCCCCACAUAAAAAUCAACUCCGUGCUGGCCAGGUUUACAGUUCCCUAAAGCUAGGGCUGGCCUUACCUACCUUGACACGCAGCCAGUCCAUCCCUCCAGUUCCAUGGCUGUCAACCUCUAGCAUACACAGGAAUCACCCAGAGGGCUUGCUGAAGCAGACUGAGGGGUCCCUCCGAAUUCCUGAUUCAAGGUGGACCCCAAGAAUCUGCAUUUCCAGCAAGUUCCCAGGUGAUACUGAUGUUGCCAGUUGGGGGCCACACUUUAAGCACCACUGACUUAGUUUAGCUUCUUCCAGAAAGUGCCCUGGAGAAGCCUGCCUCCUCAGUAUGGCUGCCCAUUCCCCUAAGUCCUUCAGAGCUGGAAUUCUGCUGACACUUUGGGACAGGCAAUGCUUAGUAAAAUAAGAGACCAAGACACCAGGAUCUUGUUAGCUGGAUAUAUUUCAUUUUUUUUUGUUUGUUUGUUUUUGUUUUUUGUUUUUGUCACAGAACACUGUUUGCAGUAGAGGAAACUGGCAUUGCAGUCUGGUGGUAAAAUGGCUUGUUCACAUAAACCAGUACAUGUUCAUCCUUUAGCGCAAAAAGCCCUAAUGGCGCGUACCCUAUUGAAAUUCAGGACAUCUCCAAUAUUUUCUCUCUCUGUUUUUCUUUGUCAUCUUUUUUUUUUGUUUUUUUGUUUUUUAAUAAACAUUUUCAAGGUUUGUCCAAAAGAAGGCCAUAUAGGUUCUUGGCUAGCGGAAGACAAUUCAGAACAGCUGUUGCACACUUGGACUGUCACCUUCUCCAGGCUGGCAGUUGAUAUCUUAUUUUUUUUCCAACUCAUUUUUAUUAAAAAAAUAAAAAAAUGCUCCAACUAUCAGUUUUACAAAAUCUCUAAGGGAAACACAAGAGCAAGGUGCUGAGGUAAAAAACACCUGAGGUAGCUUUUUUUGUGUGUUUUUCUCGUUUAAAAAAAUCUGUAAAUUUAACGCCCUGGGCCAACGACCUCGUGUAAAUUGCUAUUUUCCUCCAUUUUUUUUUUUUUUUU